AUGACGCUUUACGCCGAUUUGUGCGUGCGUUUGCAAAACGCGUCGCGUGCUAAGCUUAAAUCUGUACCUAUACCAUAUACGAAGGCAAAUGUCGCCAUCUCCGCGAUUCUCUUGCAGCAUGGGUUCAUAUAUAAUAUGACACGCGGCUCGAUCGCAGGACCUAGUGCUGUCGACUGGAAUACCGCGCCGGAUGUCCGGAAGCGGUUAUGGAUUGACCUUAAAUACCGAGCCGAUGAUCGGCCUGUACUCGAGCGCAUGAACCUGGUCAGCAAGCCGUCGCGCCACCUGUCUAUGACUAAAGACGAGCUCCUCUUGUGGGUAAGUGGCCGACGUGCCAAAUUCGUGGCACCCCUACGAACUGGUGAGAUUGGUAUUAUCGACUGCGGCAAGCACGGCUGGUUUGAGGCCAAGGAAGCUAUGCGCCGCAACCUCCAUGGCGAGGUCGUAUGCCGCGUCUCAUAA